GUGACGCCUAUGGAAGGAAUGUGCUUAGAUCGCGGAAAGGUUAACGUUAACCGUCUUUAUUUUUUUAAAUAAAAAGCAGUCUUAUUGGUGUGUUAACAUGUACUGCUUCAAUGGUGAACUGAAAUGACGUACCAUUUGUGAAAACAGAUCAUACGUUUUCCGAUCUUGAGCAAGACAAUACAAUGGCCAGCAUCGCGGAAGUUUUAAGUGACCAGGAAAAGACCAACUGGCUAAAUGCUUGUAUAGCAUUAAAUAUAUUAAAAUCUGGUUUAAAAGACUUUGUAAAUCAGGAGAUGCAAAGGGUAAAGACACACAUGUUUCAUUCGGCCCAUAGAAAAUUGAAUUUGCCUGAUACGGAAAUGUGUACGAUGUGUAACGUUGCCUGUUUAGUACCCUGUCCCACAAAAGGAUAUUGCAAAAGAAGUGGGAAACGAUGUACAAAUGGGCAUCGCCGAUGUCCAAAAAACAUUUGCAACGAGAUCAGCAAUCUUAUUAUAAAAGAGCUAAGACAUUCUAAACCUUCGUGGGCGAAUACAGAAGCGGAGCAAUGGGCAUUCAAUCAAUGGCAGAUUGCAAAAUGUUUCCUACCCCCAGACGGGUAUACUGGGGUGGGUUCAGUUGAAGACACAGACUUUAAUGGUAUAAUAAGCGUAAUGUUGAACUGCAAAACAUUUGACCUGAAAUUGUCUUUUCCCAUUGCACAUAAUCAGCCAAACCAGUGUCUGUUGUCAAAGGCACGUGCGUUUGGUAGAGCCGUUCGUCAUACGCCAAAUUUUACGAUGAAAGAAGACGUUCUUCAGGAUAUGUUCAAUACCUUGUCAGCCAUAUUGAAAGACCCAAAAUGCCUAGGAAACGAUAUAUCUGCACAGGAAGCAGAACGGAAAUUGAAUCAGCUACGAAAUGACAAGAUGACUUCUCCGGAAAUGAUUCAGCUAGUGUUAUAUGCACAGAAUGAGAAAAAGAGAAUUACCGAGGAAAACAAGAUAGAUUUUCGGCACCGAUUAGUAGAAUUGUAUAACAAGUUGAGGAGCGUACCCGUGUUCCCACUGGUGCCUUGCAACGACAGGCCUUUAAGAAAAAUAUAUUGUACACCCAUACUUCUCCAUAUUCCGAAGCAUACAUUUGGGUCACGUACAAACACUGAAAAAAUACGGACAUACAUGGAUAUUAUAUUUACGAAUGGCGAGUUAAACAAGAAUGUAUUCAUUCAAGGAGAACCUGGUAUUGGGAAAUCAAUAUUUGUUGCCAAGAUGGUGCUUGACUGGUGUGAUGCUUCUUUAUCCAAACAUCCCUCUUCUAAGAAAACGGCCUUCUGUGAUAUUGAAACAUUGUUAGUAUACAAGUUCGUUUUUCUCGUUACACUAAGAGAUGCCAAUCGUCAAAGGGAAGUGAUUGAUAUGAUAAAAUCACAAAUUGUAGAUGAGAUAUAUUCGUCGGAAGAAGAUCGCGGUAACGCUUACACAAUUGUCCAGCAAAUAAUGAAGUCAGAAAUGUGUCUUGUAAUUCAAGACGGAAUGGAUGAAUGGUCUGAUUACAACGGUGUUAAUGUUCUUCCUGUAAUGGUAUUGUGUCAUAGUCAUAGCACUGUAAAGUCGACCGCUUAUUUGAACUGGCUGGAAUUGAAGAUGAAAAGAGGUUCAGUAGAAAGAUCCUAGGACUUUUAAUAAAUGACGAUAUGGAAAAACAUGCCGAUUUUUUGGAAUAUGUUGAGAAAAAUAAUCUGCAUGAUUUGUUACGAACGCCAAUGCUGAAUUCGCUAAUAGUAUGUUCUUGGAUAGAUGGUGCUCAUUUGACUGGGUCAAUGUGUACGAUAUACAGCAUUUUACUCGAUUGUCUUUUCAAAAAAACUAGCGAUAGAAUAGAGUAUUUCCAAUCGGCACCAUUUAAAUGUUUCGAGAAUAGACAAUAUUUGAAGCCCAAUUUUGAGUGUUUAGAAGCGCUUUCAAAAGCGGGAUUUCAUACUUUGUUCUGUUCUGAAAAGGAAAAUUCUGUAGUUUUUAGUGACAGGGAAUUGCUAAAAUAUAUCUCUCCAGAACAAAAACUUGUAGCUUUGAAAAGUGGUGUGUUAUUGGAAAGGAAAAGUACACAACUAACAAUCAGAACAUCAACGUGUUCAUUAAUAUACAAAAGCAUUCAAGAAUUUUUUGCUGCGUUUCACUGUGCAAGAGAUGAAAACGUCAUUGAUAAUAACCUUAAAGGUUACAUCACCCAAUCAGAUAACCUUUGCCUCGACAUGGCGAGGGUACUGCAGUUUCUGUGUGGAUUGGAUAUUAAGUCGGCAAACAAAUUAUCUGUUAUCAUUUAUGAACAUUCAAAAUCUCUCGACCUUCAAGUCAGGCAUCAAAGGGAACUUCAAAGUAUGGUAUUGAAUGGCUAUGUAGAGGCAAUAUUCGACAAUAAGAAUGCGGGUGACAUAUGUCUAAAAUUAAGUUAUUUUGAUUUUACAACGUUAAACAUAAACAAACAUAAACACACUGAUUUGAAGGAGAUUUUGCUCAUAAAUAAGUCAAACGUUAGAACGUUACGUUUAAAUCCAGAUGCCCUUCGUUGUCUGGAGUUGAGUGAUUUUGAAGAAAUACUUCAUUUGUCGGAAACUUGCAUCGAGCGUAUGUAUAUAUAUGCCAAUGACCGUACACACCUGAAGACAUUGACGACGUCUACAUACUUUGAAUUCAUGUCAACCAGUUAUAAUUUGGAUUUGUCGUCUUGUCAAAAUCUGAAGAAACUACACAUAGAUGGACCACUAAAUGUGUUACCGAAUGCGUUUCAAGGACUUUCCAUGUUGAAAUGUGCCCGUCUGAAAUGCAAAUGCAAUUUCUUAAACGUAUCCACGUGCCAGAACUUAAACGAGUUAUAUGUUGGUGAACAUGUUACAUUAUUACAGAAUGCUUUGAUCGGAUUGAUGAAUCUUAAAAUGUUAACAGUAAAAUCCGUAUGUGAUACAAAGAUUACAUUAGAUUUGUCUACGUGCCGCGGUUUGGAACAACUUAUUAUCGAGGGUGAUGUGAUCUUAUUACCAAACGCCUUGUGCGAACUUGUUGAAUUAAAAAGCAUAAAAUUAUGGUGUGAAUGUGUUGGAUUAGACGUAUCUUCGUGUCACAAUCUGGAAGAAAUGGUAAUCUUUAAUGGUGUAACUUUAGCAUCAAAUGUCAUCUUGGAACUAUUAAAACUUAUACGCGUGACGAUUAAAGGCCGCUGUGAUACACUUGAUUUGUCUCUAUGUGCUCAUCUCGAAGACGUUGUUAUUGAUGGGGAAGUGAUGUUGCUGCCAAAUGCAUUAAAAGGACUAAGACAAUUGAAAAGAAUUUCAUUAAGAUGUUUAUGUAGUGAUUUAGACUUGACCCAAUGCGAUAAUUUGGAAUGCAUAGACCUCGGGGAGAAUGUAACAGUGUUACCAAAUACACUUGCCAAUGUUAAAACCAUGGCAAGAUUCACCUUGAGUAAUAACGGACAUAAAUCAGCGGACAUUUUAAAAUGGUGGCCAGUACACAUGGGGGGUAUCUCUUUACCGCCGAAUUUAAACAACGUGGUAUUGAGACGCUUGAACUUUCCCCCUAUGUGGCUUAAGUGUUUAUUAGGAACAUUGUCGAAAUCAGACCAUCCGUCGCAAUACACGUUUGACAUGUGUUCCAUUACAACCAAUGUGGAGAGCAGAGAACAAACUUCAGAGGGAGUAACACAUUUAGAUUAUAUGACAAUUAAACGUAGCACGUCAAAUAUCAGACUUCAUAUUGGAAGCGACUGUGUACAAUUGUAUGAAGCAUUACAAGAUACAAUCAUCGAAAGUUUGACCAUCCAGUGUGUCAAUAGUUUUAAUGUUUUAGCAGAAACAUUGAUAAACAUUAUCGGUUUAAAGGAGUUACGCAUUAAUUUUCAAACGUUUGGAGACUUUGACAUACCUACAUCCGUCGUGUAUGUGUUUUUAAUCUUCUCUUCGCUGUCAUCCUCGUCUCUAUUCAACCUUUUGAACAGCUUAUCUUUACAUAAUCCAGGUGUGAAAUGCAAAGUACUGUUCGAAAUGACAGAACCUAAGGAUAAAUAUGAAGUUGUCAGAACCAAACUGGAUUCGUUGGAAUGCAUACGCGUUGAAAGAUUCGAAACCUUAACACAUAUAAUAGACUGUUUAGAAAUGGCAUGGAAUUAUACUGAUGAUGAAGAUAAGAUUGAUGUAGAUGAUGCAGACAGUGAAUUCUGUUGCUUUGAUACCAAAGGUAUAGAAGAUGAAGAUAGCGACCAAAAUGAGGAAAGUGUUGCUUCUGACACUGAUGAUAACGAUUACACAUGUGCUCUCGGUGCUGACAAUAAAUCGUCGCAUCAGUACUUAUUGAUGCACCUAUGUAUUAACAGUAGAAACUGUGUAUUACCACCAACUUAAACAAGAAUGUCUAUGUGUGUAAAGGUAGAGUCUUAAGACAGAUCUUAAGUACUUAUAAGUUAACAUGUAUUGUCUGCGAUCCGAAAUAAGUACGCAUUUUUAUUUUCAAUGCAUAUUUAUAUUAUGACAAACAAUAGGAUAAAAUCUUCAACGCCAGAAGCAAAUGAUGUAUGGCACAAAGGUAUUGAUGAAUUAAUCCUUUCAAUAACCUUUCAAAUCUUAGCCUUCAAAGUUAUACUCGGUAAGGAUGAAGAUCAAAACAGUUCAUGCUAAGUUCAGGAUCACAAGCCCCAUGCGCCGGGAGCGAAAAAUCGUGUUAUUUUUUAAAUUCGACCCAACAUUUGUAAAAGUAUUACAAACUAUGUACAUUUCCAGCACGGAAAUUUAUUUCUGCGUUAAAUGAGACCGAGCUCAUGGAAAUCGCUGCACAAUUGUCAUCUUGCAAUUAUUUUGUUUUCCUUUUUUAUGCGAGGCUAUAGUAUACAAAAAUGUACUCGUUUGGGUGCUCAGUGAAUAGCUUUGAAUUAUAUGUUGUGACCAGGUUGACUUUUUAUGAUUAUAUAAAUAUAGGAUCUGGCACGAGUUGUCAUACCAUAUUUUAUUAAACGAGUUCAGGAAGUUUGUUAGAAGGCGAGCCUUUGGCGAGCUUACUAACGAAUUUCUUGGACGAGUUUAAUAAAAUAUGGUAUGAUAUGCCAACGAGUGUCACAUGCUUUUAAAUGAGCAAAUUAAAUAAAUAUAUACGCAAACAUAAUGAUAAAUCCCAAAUGUUGUUUACAUUUCGUGACCAAAUUUGACUUUACAGCGUCAUUUCAGCAAAACAACAAAAUGCGAUUGGUCAAUCGAACGAAAACUAAGCCGAUGAAAACGCUUACAAAGAAUAUUGCACAUGUAUAAGAUAAAAAUAUUCGUUAUGGUUAUAUUACAUGGGAAACAGGGUAUGGCAUGUGAUAAAUUAAGUUAUCACGAGUACAUUGUAAGUGCUCCUUGGUUCCAAAUAAUAGGCAUUUUAUUGAGUUCCUUAUAUAUGUACUGGUAGGCAUAAUUUAGAAUGACUUAAUAAGCCCUCAGUACGUUUAAAUACCGAUGGCAUACUCUUGAACCAUCUUACAUUUAAGCAUUAACUUCUUGAACAAAAUAUUGCAUUAAAAGAAAAAUACAUACCAUUUUGUAUUUGUAUUAAAAUAUUGUUCUAUUUUGUAUUAAUGUAUUCGAUAGAAAAGCAGUCAGAUUUACAAACCAACAAAACUUAAAUAGAUGUCAACAUGACACAAAGACCCGAAUGUAUAAUGCUGUAAGGUUUAUUUGCAUUUAACCAUGUCGUUUUUUAGCUUUUGACUAAGUUGUAGAUAAGCAAAUUUGUGAGACGUGGAACAUUACUUACGGCAAUGUCAAACAGUGGUGUAUGUGGGUGAAACACAGAGGUCAUUAAAACAAAGACUGAAAGAACACGAAGCAGAUGUAAGACUCAAAAGGAAAAAACGGUCGCCGAGCAGUUCAACUCCCUCGAACAUGGUAUUGUCGAUAUGGGUGUCAGCAUACUCCAGUGUAUUUGGGAUGAUUCGGAAUCGUACCGUUAACUGAAAGCAUUGUCCUGGAUCAAAAAACUCCAUACAGAAGUUCCCAAUGGACUAAAUACAAAAUCAACCACCGGAAUUUUUAUGGGAAGAGAAAGACAGUAAAAUUAAACGACAGAGACUUGUACAUAUAUUUUAUCACCAAUAAACAAUAUUCAAUUAAUCAUGAGUUUUCAAUUGUUAAUAACAAUAUGAUGAUGUUAACUUUACGGAUCUAAAUGAUUAUAAUUGAUGUGAUGAUAUAUUUGGGUUAUGAUGACGAUAAUGACGAUGAUGAUGAUGAUGAUAUUAUCAUUAUUUUUAUUAUUAUUACUGUUCUUCUUUUUAUUAUUGUUAUUGUUAUUAUAAGUUGAAGUAGUAUAGUUAUUAUUGAUAUGAUUAUUGAUUUAUGGUUAUAAUUAAUUGAGUUUUAAUUAUUUGAUUUUUUUAAUCAUUUGUUGUAACAUUGUAAAUAGUAAAAUACUUAUAUUUUUGUUGUAAAAAUGAUAUUUAUUAUUAUAAUAUGUAAGCAAAAUUAUUAAUAGAGUUAUUAUUAUCA